AUGGCGCUGUUGUAUAAAGAGGUUGGGAUUACAAGGCGGCGGACUAGAUGUGAAUCCGUUGUCGUGGGCGCGUUGAUAAUCGCUGGGAUAGCUUGCCUUAUCGCCGGUAUUGUUAUGAUGAUACAAGCAAAUACGGUGCGGAAGAACAACGAGCCAUGUCAAGUUGCAAAAGUUACACGAGCGGUCCUGAGCGGCUGUGAAUAUUCAAGGGAGGCGCAUACUUCGGGACUAGCAAGGUUUUUGCACGAAGCUCAAGAGAGAUUUUAUGAGUUGUUACCGCAUAAAAUCGCGUUUAAAAAGGGGGUGAUGCCAAAUGAAAUCCGUCAGCGGUAUAAAAGCUACGAUUCCACGCCAAUGCAGAUAAAAUUUGUCACAGACGAGAUAGCUAAACUGACGAAGAGGCUUGAAGAUAUGAACCUUCAAGAAAACAAGCUGACACUUCGGGAAAAGCGAGCCAAAGCGCAGCUCUCUCACUGGAUGCGGCACAUUUUUCCUUACGGCGUUCCAUUUGCUUAUGAUUAUUACUUAGGAGAUUGGCUGAUGGGACCAAACGUUUUCUGUUGGUCUUCUAUCUGUUUCUUGCCAAUGGAUGUGGGUAGCGCACUGCCCCAUUUCCAGCCGUCAACUGUGUCUGAAGUGGAGAUAAUAAGGAAUAAGUUGAUGGAAAUUAACCAAACAUUUACACAGUUUGUGGAGAACAUGAGAUUAGGCGUGGCUACUGGUAUGGUACGUACGAUUGAAGAGUGCAAGGCCGGGCUGGAUGGUUUGAGAGGCGCCUUUAGAGAGGUCGAUAUUGACGGCCCAGCUGGUAAGGAAAUAAAGGUCUUAUAAUCUUACAGCAGUUAUUUAUUCAACUCAGUGAAUUAAAAUGUUAUCGAUUAAUGCAACAAUUUUGACCUGCUGUAAGAAUUAAUGAUCAAUCUGAGAAGAAGAAAAUAAGUUCAUAGAGUAGCAUAUGAUUAUCACUGGAUGAUAAUCAUAUCACCUUUGAUAUUUUACAAAAAUUUUAAUCUUUCUUGUCUUGGACCAAAUAUAUGUUUUUGUCCUCUCAAACUGCGUAAUUCAUUUUAAGAUCAAAGCUUAAAACUGUCAUUAGAAAACUUUCCCAGAUUGAAGUAGUAAAAAUAUUUAGCGGAAACUUUUUAUUCAUUCAAAAUAGUUCUGGAUGUAAUGCUGAUUUUAUUUUUUGAGCUGGAAAACGGGCUCAAACGCUGCAAAUUCACCACGCAAUACAUUUCUUCAAGUCAAGGGCGUCGAUUACACCAAUAGACAUCAGAGCAAUGUAAUUCUUUCUGUAUUCCAACAAAAUCGCUAGAGGUUAAUUUGCAAUUUUCAGACACUCGUGGACAUUUCAUAUUAGAUAAAAAAAAUGAUGUUUUUUUAAAAUUGAAAAUAUAUUCGCAGAUUGCAGCUGUGUUUCAAUAACUUUUUCCUUUCUUUGUUUGUAAAGUAUUCUGUUAUUAUGUUUUGAAGCUGUUUUUGUACUGUCAAAGGUCUUUGGUGAAAAUGUCCCGCCAUAACAAUAUCUCUUGAAGUCACAUGGAAUUAACUGGAUUUCUUUUCAAGUCUUCAAACCCCUUGACAAUUUUUAGCUUUGAAUUAGAUGAGGAGACGCCCGUAGUUUUGUUACUUAUGAAAACUGAUUCACAGCGGAAACAAGAAAAAAAUUUCAUUAACUUACCAUGACUUAUUUUGUUGAAUAGAGAGGCGAAAAAUCUAGACAUGAAUUGCAGUAUAGCCUAAUAUUAUAUAAAAGAGAGAAUUUCUCCUACGGAGAGAGAAACAAAUAAAAUUAUACGGCCAAGGUUAAAUUUCUGAGUUGAAACCUUCGUACGUUAUAUAAGACAUCUGUUUUUCUUUUAUGAUCAAUUUGCGGUCUCUUGUCAAAAAAACAAUUUAUGAAACAAAAUAAAACAAGUGAGUAAUUCGUAAAUUUGUUUCUGUGUAAAUAUGUUUCAGUCUUGGCAUUGUUAUGACAAACAAUUGGGAAAAAAAGGCUUUUCAGGAAAUCAGUCAAAGGAAGAGAGCAUAUCUGAUUGAAAUUAACUCUAGGCAGUUUAAAAGCUCUUCAUUUCAUCGGUUUAGUAUUGAGAAGGAAACAUGCAAAGUCGCAACCUUUGAGGUAUAACUCGUUCAUGAGCCUUCUCGAUUGUCUUUAACUGUGAUUUUUCAGUGGAGAACACAAAAGUCGUUCAGCGUGUAUCAUACGUUUAAUAACUGAAAGUAAAUGUGGAAAAGUAAAAGGUUAUCUUGUAUGUUAACUUCAAAAAAUUUUGCCACGAAAUGAAGCGAGCUAAAAUUUUGCGGGCAGCGCUUUCCGCUGUGGUUGAUCUGUUCCGAUCCGUCGGUAAACUUAAGUCGUCGCUGUUCUGUUUCGUUCGUUCAGUGAUUUCAUGGCCUUAGAUUAAAACUCUCUCUUUGAACUCACGUAGGGUUUUUUUUAGGUGUGGUCGGUUAGUCUUGAUCUGUCGGUAUAAUUGUUAUUCUUUCUUCGGUGUUUAUGCCGGUUAAGAUUAAAUAAGAUUUAUUUUAAUUUGAAUAAAACGUUUAGCCGUAGAGGUUGUUUAUAAGUUUACCACAACAUAAAAAAGAUAAAAAUAAUGCAGUUAUAAUAACAUUACUAAUUAGCAUAUACCACACAGGUGAAUAGUGCUUUCGGCGCGCGCUGACUGGUUGUUUCGAAAGUGAAUAUCAGGUGCUAUCACCUCCGAGCUGCUGACGAAAGGGUUAUCGGGCGAUAUGACUCUCAUCUUGCCUGUAUUGAUGACUUCCGCUAGUUUAGGUUGUCAAGACGUUAGUUGUUGUUACAAACAUACUCUUUCAUCUCUAAUCUUCCAGGAAUUCUUGAUGCGCCAUACAUGAAAAAAAUUCUGGUCAGUGACUUCUUUUCUAAGAUGAAUUCAGAAGAACUGGAAAUUUGGAAAACUAGGCACGGUAAAGCAGUGAAUGAGUCUUUAAGGCAGUUUGUCAUAGAUUAUGUUGGUGAGCCGAUUCAGCGCACAUUGAGGUAAGAAGUAACUUAGAAAUAUAAUAUAAAUAAAUGGACCUAUUGACUAUUUCUAACGUCUGAAUGCAUUUCGAUAGAGUAUUAUAAAACUUAGCAAACCGAAGUAGUUACAGGGACGGCCAAUCUGAACAACGCUUCUUUUAGCGAUUCCCACACAAACGUCUUCUUUUUAGUUAGCGACAUCUUUUUCCAAUCUCAUAGCUAAUUGUGUUACUGGAGGGCUGAUCGUGGGAAAAACAGACAAACUUUGAAAGCAUUGUUUGAGUAUUACAAGUAGUUUCCUUGGGUAUCGUUUAGAGAUAUGUGCUUCGAUGGUCAAUGCUUUAAAUAAAAAAAGACGGGAGAAGAACGUUGCGCCUAGGCAAGAAAGUGCCUGUAAAAGGUCCUGAAAUGGCUGCCUGAGAUCCUUGGAUGGAGGGAUGUUAUCAUGGAUUUUUUCAUGUAAUUGAUAGUAUAACAAGGGUCUAACACUUGAACUUAUCAGAGAAGCGUAUAUUGCUUUAAAAAGAAACGAAGAAAUGGGCUAACUUUCUAAAUAAAUUGUGAGACUGCUUAAUGGGGUUAUGACAAUAUAAUUUGGUUAAAUCAACUGAGUUGAUAAAGUAAAUUGGCAAGCGUAGAAAGCUUUUAAAGCUUCGCUCUGACGAAGGGCUAAAGCUCGAAACGUUAGCUUUGGAAACUCUUUAGGGUAAACAGUUUACAUUUAUCAACAUGACAAAAACAAAUUUUCUGGUUUCAAACGAUCCUACUGCUAAGAUGUUGCUCACAAUUCUUCUAAGUGACUACUUCACAUUUCCUUAUAACUUUCUUCUGUGCUGGAUAGUGUAUAAUAUUAUAAAGAUAAUGAACAAGUUAAUGAUUGCAAUCGACUGAAAUGCAUCGCGCUCCGCUUAAAUGAAAUCGUUUGAUUUAAGGUAUGUCGAAAAGGAACAUUUACUUUACUGCACCCCGAGCAAUUUGUCCAGCGGUUUAGCCAGCCUACCCCUUGAUUACGUUUAUGUCAACGGUACAAAGACAGACCGAAAAACGACAAAGAGGCUGCCUACGGGCGAAAAGCUUGACGGGAAAAAUACCUAUCUGAAGCUUCUUCAGUACUUCACCACCACCAAUAAAACCCCGGAUGAAAUAUACGACCUUGGCUGGUCAAUGAUAGAUCAAAGUUAUCCAGAGGUGAGAUGAUAAGUCUUGAAAAAUAAUUUAUUUGGAUCUGAGUGUUUUUGUUCUUUGCCCUUUAAGUAUUAGAGCGAAGGGUUUGUGAAAUCCGUCUUAAUUGGAGUAAAGAACUGGCCAAGUUUAUCAAAUCAACGAACCGAGAAGAACGACCAACAUUUACGAGGGAUCUUAACUCAAAGCUGACUUAUACCAGUCGCUCGGCAACGAAAUCGUCAUCAAUUUGAGCUGAACUUUCGCUGAACUUUCGCCGCAGAAGUUCAAUUAAGUUUCGUGCUGAUAACAAUUUUUUUUUGCACCAUACUCGGCAAGAUUGCCAUAUAAUGCAAUCAAAAUUUAGAUGUGAUUUAUUAAACAAUAAACUGCUAUGAGUGAAAGUAAUGGAGAGAAUGGUAUCAAUGCUGACCUUAAGCCAUUGGAACUGAAACACAAUCGUCGGUUCCACAAUUGUGAUGGGUCGAGAGAAGAUUCUCCGUAUUGCAUUGCCAAAAGCGCAAAGCAUCUCUCUUUGAGUUGGCAAAGGAAAAUUAUUUGAACCAUUGAACCUUGAACCAUUGGAAUACACAAUCAUCUGUUCCUCAAAAUUGCCGAGUUGAGCAAAACUCACCGUAUUGCAUCGCUAAAAGUGCACAACAUCUCUUUUUACCUUGGCAUAGGAAAGUUAUAUAAUUAUAUGUAUAUUCCUAUAAUUUAACUUAAUGUGACUUUUUUGCCCUUUUUCUUUUCUAUUUUAGGUUCUAAGUUUAGCGCAAAGCGUAACCAAUGAGAAUAACACUCAGAGGGCGAAGGAAAAGUUCGUUAAUAUUCUUAAUGGAUCGGAAAUGUUUUACAAUAAGAAAGAUAUUCCAAGGAAUGAAUCCAACGCAGUUGCGUAUAAGCUGUGCAGUACAGUCUCCGGAGCCAAAAAGCAUUGUCCUGUCCGCUGGAAUGCUAUGCAAAACUGGUUUGCUCAUGCGCGAGAGGUCAGUUUGGACCUUGUUUGAAGUAAAAUCGUUGAAUUAAAAAAAUUGAAAAAUGUUGGAUUGCAGUUACCAGAAUAUAUAUCAUUCCAUUGAGAAAACUGUGGGUACUUGUUUUAAUAGACAUGUAGAUGAAACUAAAAAUUUCCAUGUAACUUCUAUCUCUAUGUAAUCCGCUGCUACUCAUGAACAACUUGACACAUAUGCUGAAUAAGUACCUGUUUCCAAUUUUUCAGAUUCCUACACCACAGCCUCAUGCAAGAAAUUUACGAACAUUUAGUGUUAUGCAGUAAUUGUUGUUGUUGUUGUUGUCAGUCUUUUUAAGGGAUCUCAUUACCCUUGAUUUUAGAUUAUGGCCACCCUUGAUCCAAAAACGAUCGACUUAUUCCAUUUUACCGGUCCUUUCCGGUCUACUCCAAACUGUCCCGUUCAACUCGUCCCAAGCUUCAACCCAUCCUCUGCAGCUCCAUCUUUCCAAGAGAGUGAUUCACAGUGUACAAGGCCCUCUACUUACACCAUCCCAUUCUUUCUACAAAAGCCUGGCCCUAGGAAUGAGGAAUGGACAAUAAACGCACACGAGGCAAGGCCUGGACACUACACACAGGUUAGUCCACCGUAGUGCCUCAAGCGAGAGAAUCAAUGAAGAUCUCGAUAUCUCGGUUUCAAAAGUAACAGAGAAUCAAUUAAAGGCCGUUUCCACCUAAAAUGACAGUACUUAGAAAUUAUUUCUAGACACUGGUAAUGUAAAGAAAAUCGUUGUUAUUCCUGUAAACAGUAAGUUACUGUGUAGUGUAAAGCACUGUUUAAUUUACUACUUUCAUUUAAUCUCUCUACCAAUCUCAAGCAUAGCAUGUAUCAAGUCACAGUUUCAAAACAGUCUUGCUUUCAGUUUUGGAUUUAGCAUGUAGGCAAGCUCCCUUACGGGUUCUGUGUUUUUCAGUUGAUAUAGCUAAAAUACUUCUCUCUAACACUUUUUUUGUUGUUGUAAUCCCAGAGUCAAGGAUAUGUGGAGAAUUUUCAAGAAGACUGUUUUGAUCCCAUUUCAUGGAUCCAAAAGAACACGUUUUUCUUAGAGUUUUCUGAAGGCUGGGCUCUUUACGCGGAAAAUCCGCUGAUAUCAAAUUACACGGACACUUACAAAUAUGAUCCGCUGAUCAGAUACGGCAUGCUCAAGUGGCAGGUAUAUUUACUCACCAAACGCAGCAGAGUUUGAAUGCAUAUUUGAUCUCUGUUAGUCCUUAAUUAGGGUCACGAUAUAGAUUGUCGAGUGGGUCCCCCAUAGCUGAUUUUACAUGGACAAUGCAUAAGCUUACAAGACCUGUAGAGGUCAAUGCUCUUGUUUUGGUAGCUAAAUGUUCGACAUAUUUGAGGGCGUCACUAAGUCAUAAGUUGUCCUAACUUUAAGCCGAAAUUUCCAUUUCCAUUCACUCAUCAAGUCUGUUUUUCAUAUUAAGUUUCUUAACAAUUUUCCCUCCUACUGAUUUAAACUUUCCAUUUUAUCAAAGAAAUAUUUGAGGUUUGUUUCACGCUGAGGUGGUACUGUUUGUAGGUUGCAAAACGCACGGUUUUGAUGGAAAUUUAUUCCGAGGUCUGAUAAUAUAACGUUUUCCAUCCGACGCUUUUUUGCGAGACCUAUCUUAUUUCAUCUAUCUUAUUUUACAAGAUAUGGCGAGCCUUGAGGCUGAUCGUAGACACAGGGUUGCAUUACAAAGGCAAGUCACGCGACUGGGCUCUAAGACUCUUUGCUGAUUACGCUUGGGACACAAGUGACAAAGUUGAGAAGGAGGUAACUCGGUACCAGAGCAUUCCCGGCCAAGCUGUCACUUAUAUGCUCGGACAACUGUCAAUCAUGGAGCUGAAACAAGAAGCAGAGAAAGCUUUGGGGGAGAAGUUUAAUUUGAAGGAUUUUCAUUUCCAGGUGAUUCUAAAGUUUCGCAUCAAGUGUUUCACUUCUUUAAUUUUUUUUAAAGUUAUUCUCUUUCAUACCUUUAGGGAUAAUUUUUUAACCCAAAGAAUGGCUGUAAACCAGUUUUGAGUUGCUGUUAUGACCUCAAAUUAACUCCUUCCAUCCCUCAUUCCUUCUUUCCAUUCCUGUUAAUUAUUAUUUUUUAACAAGGAAGCAAUGAUCGAAACCCUUACGCUUUUGACUUUCCCGAGAAAAUGUUAGAGGAUUUUUGCUAUAUAUAAAUAGCACCUGCUUUCGGAAAGAUCGAAUGUAACAGUAGAGGCCGAUUCAAUAUCCAGUUUUCCUAAUAAACCAAAUAAUUCCAAUAACUUGCUUCCUAUAUCUCCACAGGUUCUAAGGCAUGGACCCUCGCCUUUGAAUUAUCUUAAAGAGAGCAUCUACAAAUACAUAGCAUGCGUGAAGGACGCUGAAAGUCAACCAGAUUGUGAAGAUUUCUUGCGAGCUCCAAACAACUCUGGAAACGUAAAGACAACAGAUAAUACAGAGCAUUUGCCAUAUCAUUCUUUCAAAGUUUUCUAAAUUCAGCUCUGAUUAUGACCCCACAGACGCCGUGAGCAUAGCUAAAUCAAGUUUAUUACUACGUUUUGCGUCCAUCUUGUGCAUAAUUUAAAUUACAAUUGUAACAAGUGAGCUCGUCGGCGGCUGUUAUAAAAUCAUUCAAUCACAAGCGAGAAAGAAGUCU